CUCUGCGCACCGGCUCCUUAGUCUUGAGCCUUUCCCGAGGCCGCUGCCAUGGCGCUGAGCGGAGGCUGGUGGAGCCGGGCCAUGGCGCGGGCGAGAGGGGCCGGCGGCCUGUUGAGGGGAGAGGCCUGGCCGUGGAAAGGGAGGGCGGCGAGGCCCAGCUCUGGGCGGGGCCCGGGACCUCCCGUCGUCUCGGAGCUGGACAAGGCAGACGCUUGGCUCCUCAGGAAAGCUCACGAGACCGGGUUCCUCUCCUGGUUUCGGAAUGGCUUGCUGGCUACUGGUGUUGGAGUGAUUUCUUACGUUCAGAGUGACAUGGGGCGCGAAGCAGCUUAUGGUUUCUUCAUCCUGGGUGGAAUCUGCGUCUCGUACGGCAGCGCCUCCUACCUCCUCAGCCUCUUCCUCCUCCGUCGCACCAUGAUGCUGUCCUUUUCCACGGCUCUCCUGAACUGUGCCGCAGUCACCACUGUGGCGCUCUUCUGGCUGUGCGCCAUCUCCCUCUACAUUGGGCGCUUGGAGGUGGAGAUCAUCCAGGACGACCCCAACGACAAGUGCCAGGACAAGAAAAAGGAGGACGGGAAGUCGGAUAAGUGAAGGCCCAGUUGGCUUGUGCAGACACGCGAUGGUAUUCUGUGGACUGCAGCUUUUAAGGCCACCCCACCCGGCAUGUUUGAAUCCUUCUGCCUUUUGGGCCGAAGGGCAAGGACAGGCGGCUUCCUUGCAAACAAGAGACAAGCGGAUGUGUUGGCUGCUUUGUAUUUAUUUCAGGUUUUCCAGAUGGGCUCUGGGAAAGUGACAGUAGCAAAAAUCAGGUCACCAGCAACGACAAAGGAGGGAAUUGUUCAGAGGACACUCUGUUGAGCCAGCAGCACGCACUCUUGCUGAACUGGGGUCUCUGGCACGUAAGCAUUCUGUUGAAGUUGGUCUUGCUCUGCUCUGCUCCCCCCCCCCCGCACUUCAACCAGUUAAUUGAAGUGCUAGCUGAUAUUUAUCAGCUGAAGAUAUUGUUAAGAAAUGUCCUGCUCUCUUGGCAUCUCCUGUAAAGCCUGGCCCUGCUUUUCCAGUGUUGCUUAUGCUCCCCAAUCCUCCUGCUCCUCACAUAUCAGGUGUAUCUCUUCUGCCACUGGCCCAUGCCUUCUUUGCUCCACCUGUCCAAAUCAGUUGACAUUUGUAUUAAAGACACCAAACCCAAA